ACUCAACCAAAUAGUCUUUAUGGCAUCCACGUCAAUGUUAAAAUCUAAACCAUCCCAAAAACAAGGAAUGCAAGGACAAGCUGAAGAUAAUGAAGACGUAAAUGUAGGCAACACAGAAGAAGAUAAAGCUUAG